UGGUGAGGGGAGGUUGCGCGCUGCGUCGCUCCGGCUCGUUCGCUCACUUUCGGGAACUGAAAACUCUUCCGUUGGACUUAAAAACAUUUUUUCCUUUUUUAUGAGGACGAGAAGUGGACGUCUGUUUUCUUUCCGUGUCAUUCAUUUAUGAAUGUCUCGACAGAAAGUAAAAAAAAAAAAAAGUAACGAGAAGAGAAAAAAGUUUUGGUAGAGUUGGAAAAUGUGACUUUGCAAAUUUGGUAAGAAUUCCUUAAUCCAACGGAGAGAGAGAGAGAAAAAAAUAAUAAUAAUAAUGAUUACAAUCAUUACGUACUUUGGUAAAACACUGUCUCCGGGCAACUUGGCUGUCAAGUGAUGUUUACUAACACGCUAAUGUAGUUUGAAAAGCCUUUGUUAUAGCUGUCCCAAGAAAAGAAAAAAAAAAGUAUAAAUAAUUACCCUGUAUUGACAUUCUGAUAUACUUGUGCUAUCCACGAAACAAGAAAACACGCCAAGACAAUAUUUUCUAAACUAAUAUCUCAAUUUUCUUCCCUUUCCUUAAGAUAAGACAGAGAGGGAAAUACCAAAGACAGGAUACCCACCGUGUUAUGACUUUCGAUACCAAAGUGCCCACACCUGGCUUGUCCGACAUACCCCCCUCCCCCCCUCCUGGAGCCGAUAGACCUUUUGACGUUCAAAUAUCCCAACCAAUCAUCACUCAGUAGUCGAUUAUAGGCCCAUAUCAGAAUUCAAACUAAAAAAAAAAAAAAAUCUUUUGAUAUUGUUAGCCAAUUCGUACUGAUAUUAGUCUAUCACCUGCCAAUCUGCUCUGACACGCGAUUGGACAAUUUGUACCUUGCAGACACUCCUGAUUGCAAUGAUUCAUAUUGCAAUAAUUCAUAUAAGAGAGAAAACAAUCUACGAACCAAUCUGCUGUUGAGACAAACCUCUGAAAGACUAUUAUAGAAAAAAAGACUUCUAAGUUUCCUCUCACAGGAGAAUAAUUAUCAUUUAUAUUUACAAAAACGAACAAACAAACUUUUAGUUGGUAGUACUUUGUUAUAACGACUGACGACUCGAGCACAAAUUUGUAUUAAAUAUGUGACCACGCGGGUAAACGAGGGAAGCGAGAGAAUACGAACAGGAAAUAAUCUAAAGAAAUAAGGAAAACGAGAAAUACUGCCAGAAAGCAACAGGAAUAAACGCUAACGAAAGCUACAAGCAAAAAAAAAAAAAAAAAAAAAAAAAAAAAAAAAAAAAAAAAAAAAAAAAAAAAAAAAAAGCAACAGCAACAACAACAAAUAAGAAAUAAAACGAAACAUAGUUAAUUAACGAAAUUACCAUGCCAUAGAAAACAAAGCAAAAACAACAACACCAACAAGGACAAGAUAAUCCAACCAGAAGAAAAAGAGAAAAGAAAAAAGAAGAAGAAAAAAGAAAAACUCGCAAUCGUCACCUGGUCAAGCGGAGUCGGACCCCCCAACCCCCACCUCCCCACCUAUGCCACCACCUGCCGCAGCUGGUGACAGGCGCCCCCUCCCCCCCAGAUGGUUCCUCGGGCCAUUCCAAAGCAAGAAUUAGUAGCUUAUGAACUCUCGAGGUUACUUGAUUUUUGUAUUGAUUCGCAGUAAAUAAGGGACAUGGAUACCGCUAGCCUCUCGCUGCUCGUGAUAGUGGCGUUGCAGUCGCAGGUCCUCGGGGAGCUGCUGAUCCCCCCGCCCCCCCUGGUCACGGAUCAACCCUACUUCGACUCCUCCAUGAAGGACAACCAGACAGCUCACGUGGGGCGCCAGGCGGAGCUGCACUGCCGCGUCCACUCCAUUGGGAACAGGACGGUCUCCUGGAUCCGCGGCCGCGACUUGCGCAUCCUCGCCGUCGGCCGCUACACGUACACCACAGACCUCCGCUACGAGGCUCUGCACCAGGCGGGAACCAACCAGUGGACGCUGAGGAUCAAGUCCGUUCAGCCGCGGGACCAGGGGACUUACGAGUGCCAGAUCAGCACCAAGCCCAUCAAGGAGUUCACGACGUAUCUCACCGUCUUGAAACCCCGAGGCGAGAUCCUUGGCGCCCCCGACCUGUACGUGCAGAAGGCCAGCAUGAUCAACCUGACCUGCGUCCUGUACGACCUGCCGGAGCCGCCGAGCUACGUCCUCUGGUACCACAGCAACAAGUACCACAGCCUCAGGAACAUCAGCUACAGCAGCAGCCGCGGCGGCAUCUCCAUGGUCGUCGAGAAGGGACCGACAACCAUAAGCUACCUGUUGAUCCGAGAAGCGCGAGACGAGGACUCCGGAGUGUACACCUGCGUUCCCUCGAACCACAACGCAACCAGCGUCAGUCUGCACGUCCUCAAUGGAGAGCACCCGGCGGCCAUCCACACCAACAGCUCCGUCAGUUCCUCGGCGGGCGGUCAAGGGGCGGUGCUGGUGACGACGACGCUCCUGAGGUUGCUCGCUCACCUCUGGUUCUCCAUCACCUGAUAAAGGCUCUUUCGUCGUGAGAAUUCUUCUUCCUCCUCCUUUUUUCUCUUCAUUUCCUUCUCACUUCUUCUCCUGUGUACUGGUGGAGAUAUUCUUUAUAUGAAAUUUCACAGAUAUAUUAUAUAUAUAUAUACAUUGUUACGUGACUCACUUGUUUUUUUUUAUAGAAGGGUGCGAGACGGAUUAGCCAACGGUGAAGGUGGUGAAAGGUACUCGCCAUAUUUUCUAGUAUAGUUCGACAUUGGUAUAUAAUUGUAUUGUCUACGUAUUUCGAGAGAGAGAGAGAGAGAGAGAGAGAGAGAGAGAGAGAGAGAGAGAGAGAGAGAGAGAGAGAGAGAGAGAGAGAGAGUUACUUUCAUAAACGGUGAGGUCUCUGUGUAAAUAAAGGUGCAUAAAUAUCCCCCCAAAAGAAAAAGAUGGCCCAGUGUUUGUCGAAACCGAACAGUCUAUUAUGAUUCUGGAACAACAAGUGCCUCUGUGGUUGUUCUCAACACGACUAACGAAGCGUAUGCCUGAGGGUCAGAAUGUAUAUAGUUUUUCUUCAUAGAUAUGGACGCCACCUCGAGUAUUACCUUCGAGCAGUGGCGCGUCUGUUUCCGUGUCUUCGGGUGCCAAUUUCUCCUGCAAAAGGAAAAAGAUGUUUUCUUUCUUGUACUCCCCGUGUGAGUCGUGUCUGCACUGUCGAUUUUAUAAACGUUUGUAUCGAGGCAACUUUGGAUAUUUCGUAUUGAUGUCGAUACGAAGGAGAAACUAUUGUCGUGGUUUAAAGGUGCUUUAUGAAUAUAUCCAAGACACGAUAAGGUGCAAACAAAUAGACAUAUAAGAUAUUUUUUUCCUCCUGUAAAUAUCGUGUAUCUCACGUUUUGAAUUUGUUGAGAAACGAAGCAUAGCAUCUCAUACCGCUGAAGAUUUAUAGACCCUUCAGAACCACAAGGGCAGAUGAGAUUUUGUAAGCAGUCUUGCCAGAUUGCUUUUUAACCAAAGACAUUUAAUUUACACAAUGUAAAUGUGACCAAUAACUCACAGAGUGUCCAAGAUCAAGGGACAAACACGUAGCAAUUGUUUCCUGUAUGAAAUACGUACAUGUCCUCUACGCUGGAUGUACAGUACGUACUAGCACUCGCUCGUGUUGGACAACUUGUACAGAUAUUUGUAAUUUCGCUCUGUGUAGCAUUAUAUAUCUAUAAUAAAAAAGUGUUUAUUGUUCAACGUGUUGGUAGAAUUCAUGCCGAUGGUGUUGCACAAAGUAUCUUACACUGAAUAACUUUCUCGUAUUUUUACAAAUGGUGUUUAUAUUGUGGUCAAAGUCUCGAGGCUGGGCAGGUGUUUAGCACGUUGGUAUAAUGCUGUACUUAAGUGUGUGCUUGUGGAAGAAGGCUGUUUGAAGCUCAUGGAAGAAUGGGGAAAAAAUGGUUUACAUACAUAUGCGUUUAUGAUUUCUGGAAGGUGCCGCUGUCCACACACACACACACACACACACACACACACACACACACACACACACACACACACACACACACACACACACACACACACACACACACACACACA